GGAGCGAGGAUCUUGACCUUGAAAGUGGUUUCGAGACGUUCUGCGCGCGAUUCGCACGAUAGAACCAGACAGUGUUAAUUCGCCGAAGCAUCGGCGUUGUGAUCAAACGGAUGUUACCAGUUAGAUCGAGAAAGUAAAAUCAGAGAGAGAGACAACAUUUUUCUCGACACAAGACCCCCCACGAACCGAGCGAACGAGUUGUACGAUAAGAACCGCCUGCCUGAGCUCCGGUGCCGCUUGUUUCUGUACGUUUUUCCAUCAGUCUGCUUCGCGCCGUCCGUCCGGUUUGACAACAAGCUGCAAUAUGACCGAUCAAAGUACCAAAACCGUGAUCAAUUUCGGCGCUGGACCGGGAAAACUGCCAGAAGAGGUUCUGCGACACGUGCAAGAGGAAUUGCUCUCGUUCGGAAACACGAAGAUCAGUAUUCUCGAGUUAAGUCAUCGGUCAAAUGACUUCAAAAACGUCAUCGAGAACGCACAGGCCACUCUGCGCAAUAUUCUAAACGUUCCCGACAAUUACAAGAUCCUGUUUAUGCAAGGAGGCGGCACCGGGAUUUUCGCUGCUGUUCCUCUGAACAUCAUGAACACCGGCACCGCAGAUUAUCUCGUAACCGGUGCGUGGUCGGCGAAAGCAGCGAAAGAAGCAGAAAAAUACGGAAAAGUGAAUUUGGUCUUACCGAAAACGACCAAGUACACAGAAAUUCCGAAUCCGUCCACUUGGAACUUGGAUCCGAACGCGUCGUAUGUUUAUUACUGCGCCAAUGAGACUAUACAUGGAAUUGAGUUUGACUUCAUUCCGGAGACAAACGGCGUGCCGCUUGUCGCUGACAUGUCGUCCAACAUACUCACGAAACCUUUCGACGUGUCUAAAUUCGCGAUAAUUUACGCGGGUGCCCAGAAGAACAUCGGCCCGGCUGGCGUUACACUGGUGAUCGUUCGAGACGAUUUGCUCGGUCGCGCGAUGGACGUGUGCCCGACGAUACUGAAUUUUACCGUGAUGGCGAAGGACAAUUCUGUGCACAACACUCCGCCCAUGUUUCAAAUAUGGGUUGUCGGGUUGGUGUUCAAAUGGAUCGAACGAAACGGCGGGGUCGAAGGUAUGCAGGAUUUGGCAAGGAAAAAAAGCGCGAUGAUAUACGAUAUAAUCGAUAACUCGGACAGUUUUUACACGUGCCCCAUCAAAGUAGACGCGCGCAGCAAGAUGAACGUUCCGUUCAAGAUACAAAACGGCGACGAAGAGCUCGAGAAGAAGUUUCUUUCCGGCGCCGAAGCUCGCGGUAUGAAGCAACUGAAGGGCCAUAGAUCAGUAGGCGGGAUUCGCGCGUCUCUGUACAACGCGGUCACGAUACGAGAAGUGGAAGCACUGGCCGCUUACAUGAAGUGGUUUUACAAAGAAAAUACUGGAAAACUCUAGAACAUCUGAUGAUUUACUCAACACGAGUAAAAAACACACGUGUAUAUUAUGUGUAGAUUUUAUACAAUAAUUUUUUGCAGCAGUUUUUCAUAGAACAGCAA